CGGGUCGGGGCGCACCGCUCGCAUCCCGCACUGACACCUGCCGCCUCCUGCCUGCAGCACCCGCCGGCCGCCGCACCGGCCGCAUGGAGUCCCGCAGGCCAGGAGACGCCCGAGAGUUAAACAUGGCUCCUGGGCAGAUGAUCAAAGCCAAGAUCAAGAAGACUUUGCCAGUGACUGGCCCUCAGGCUCCAACAGUCAGUGAGCUGAUGCAUUGGUACUGCAUGAACACCAAUACACAUGGCUGCCGGCGUAUCGUGGUAUCAAGGGGACGCUUGCGCAGGUUCAUCUGGAUCCUGCUCACCUUGAGCGCCGUGGGGCUGAUCCUGUGGCAGUGUGCUGAGCUCGUCAUGUCCUAUUACACGGCCUCUGUCUCAGUCACCGUGCAGUUCCAGAAGCUGCCCUUCCCCGCUGUCACCAUCUGCAAUAUCAACCCUUACAAAUAUAGUGCAAUGAAAGAGCAUUUGUCUGAACUGGACAAAGAGACAAAAAAUGCUUUGGAGACUUUAUAUGGCUUUUCAGAGGGCAAAUCCAAGAUACGUCGGGAUGCAGAUGACUGGAACGCUACAGAGAGCAAAUUUCUUGAAAGAAUCCCUUUGCUAAAGUUCAAAGACCUCUCUAAGAAGACUGUUACUGAGAUUCCAAGUGGCAAUAAGCGGAAAAUUGAGACUAGUGUCUUUCACCAAGGUUCCAGCAUGGUGAAUACUGGGGAUCCACAAGAUGUUGUGGGCUUUCAGUUGUGUGACCCAAACAACAGCAGCGACUGUGCAGUUUACACAUUCAGCUCUGGGGUAAAUGCUAUUCAAGAAUGGUACAAGCUGCACUAUAUGAACAUCAUGGCACAAAUACCCCUGGAGACGAAAGUGAAUAUGGGCUACUCCGCUGAGGAUCUUCUGCUGACGUGUUUCUUCGAUGGGAUAUCUUGCGACACAAGAAACUUCACCCCUUUCCAUCAUCCACUGCACGGCAACUGCUACACCUUCAAUAGUGGAGAAGACGGGAAAGUCCUGACCACCUCCACAGGAGGCAGCGAGUAUGGAUUGCAGGUCGUUCUUUACAUAGAGGAAGCAGAUUACAAUCCCUUCCUGGUGACCUCGACGGGGGCCAAAAUCAUUGUCCACGACCAGCAGGAAUAUCCCUUUAUUGAAGAUAUUGGCACUGAGAUUGAGACUGCAGUGGCCACCUCCAUUGGGAUGCACUUUACUCGGUCUCACAAGCUAAGCAAACCGUACAGCGACUGCACAGAGACUGGCACUGACAUUCCAGUAGCGAACCUCUACAACAAGAGCUACUCGCUCCAGAUUUGCCUGCAUUCCUGUUUCCAGAGGGCCAUGGUGGAUACCUGUGGCUGUGCCCAGUACGCCCAGCCCUUACCUCCCGGGGCAGAAUACUGCAACUACAAGAAAUACCCCAACUGGAUGUACUGCUACUACAAGCUGCAUGAGAAGUUUGUGAAGGAGCAGCUGGGCUGUCAGCAGAUUUGCAAGGAAGCCUGCAGCUUUAAGGAAUGGACGCUGACCACCAGCUUAGCCCAGUGGCCAUCUUCAGUUUCUGAGGACUGGAUGCUUCGAGUCCUCUCUUGGGACAAAGGGCAGAAAAUCAACAAAAUGCUGAACAAAACGGACCUCGCAAACCUCGUGGUGUUCUACAAAGACCUGAACGAGAGAUUCAUUUCCGAGAAUCCCGCCAACAACAUUGUCAUCCUUCUUUCCAACUUCGGGGGCCAGCUGGGCCUUUGGAUGAGCUGCUCUGUGGUUUGUGUCAUUGAGAUCAUCGAAGUUUUCUUCAUCGACUCCUUCUUCAUCGUCAUGCGGCACCGCUGGCAAAAGGCAAAGAAAUGGUGGAAUGACCGAAAAGCAACACCCCCUCAGGAGCCCCCUCAGCGUAACGCUCCAGCCAAAGUGGGCCACGACCACCCCGUGUGCCCCGACGAGGACCUGCCCACCUUUAACACUGCCCUUCACUUACCACUGCCCCAGGAAAAUCACAUGCCCAGGACUCCCCCGCCCAACUACAGCACUUUGCAGCUAAACGCUGCAUUCACAGACUUGCAGCCCGACGCUCUGGAGGGCAGGAGCCAUUGACCAUAUUUGUCUCCUCAUCCAGAGGCCAAAGCAGGCAAUGAACGUGUCAUCCGGGUGUCCAGGAGCGAGAGGUGUGUGUCUGGGGGUGAGCGCUAGGGGACUAUUGGGUCCAGCCUCGAAUUCAGGGAUUGGGAGCUUUGUGGUGAAAGCAUCUCUGGGAGGAGCGUGGGCAGGAGGACUCAGCCCCCCAGCAUAGAGCAGGGGUUGGUAACGCCAGGUCCAAGUCCCUGGUGUUUUCCAAUGAAGGGUUGCUGGCACUGGUUUGUGUAGGAUGUGGAAAUGAGCCGUGAUGGGUCUUGCCAAACAGUGACAAGCCACACACCCCUCCCCAUUUCAUCUGGGUAGGAAUCACGCCUCGGGAGAAGCGGGCAUAUCAGCAUGAUGCCACACCUGCUCCAGGUGGGACCAACCCAGGCCUUUAGGGCGGCUUGUGUUACUUGGCUAGGAGCAGGCAUAGAGGGAGCUCUCGGAAAAGAGUUAAAACCUGCAGGUACUGGAUGGUGGCAAGAGGAAAGGAAAAUACCACUGUAGGGUCAGAUUCUAACCUGUUCAGCUAAACACUGAGCAGGUAGGAUUCUGCCAGCCGCAUCCCAAGAGAGAAAUUCCUUAGCCUGGAGGAGAACCUUGAAAGCCAAUCGAACUCCUCCUGGAGUAAGGCGUGACUCAGCCUGAGUAAAAGGGAGCCAGAGUCAUCCCCAACCCUUCCUUUAAAAUGCCUGAAGUCUAAUUCUGAGCAGGAUAAUGACCAGACACGGCAAUCAGUGCACUCAAAGUAACCCACUUAAAGUGCAGGUGCCCUUGGCACACUCGGGUUCCAGCACUCUCAAAGGGCAGCUGAAUCCUCUUCAUGCUACAGUCAUUUUGGCCCUUCUGCUGGGAAAUACCAUUCAAAUGCCAGCCUCAUUCACUGGCACACACCCUUAGCCCGCACACAGCCCGAAGAACUGGGCUGUGCUCUGGGGAGCAACUCAAGGGCCAGGAAGGAAGAGGAAUCCCACUCCAGGGCACAGUGGCAGCAGAGCCCCCUGGGAAUUCCUGCACCCAGACCCAGCCUUAACGGGGAACAGUGAGCAGAAGAUACACUGACCCCAUCCCCAGGCAUGUUUCCCUUAAACUCCCCUUGUCCAUUAGCAUGCAGCGAGUUCCCUAUAGAGCUGCUCUCUCUGAUGCCAAGCCCCUGUGCACGGGCUCCUUGGAUCCUACCACUAGUUCUUCCCUGGCCGGGAGGCACUGUGCCUGCAGAUCUGACCCACUGAAUUGAGAUGAAAACAGACGCUGGUUUUCAAACAUUGGUUCUAAAAAGGUCACUGCUCAUGCCUGUUCUCACAGAAUGGGUUAGCCCAAAUCACUGGAGUUUCCCUGCCUUGAGCACAUGAUCGCGAGAACAUUCAGGGCCCAGUUCUGCCCCCCUUGAAGUCAACAGCAAAACUCCCACUGAGACCCCAGAGUGAAGGCUGCCGUUCAUUGUCCUCUCUGGUGUGCCCAGUUUAUUGCAGGGGAGCACACACCUGGCAGGUGCAUUCUGUAUGGAGGGGUGGGCGCCCGGCCAUGACUCAGAAUCUCCCUCUUCCUAGUUGGUUCCAGCCGUGGCCUCCUGGGAGCUGAGUCUGCUCUGAGUCUGAGUCUGGGUGGGCUGCAUGAGUGUUAGGAUGGCUGUGUGCUGGGCCAGCAUGACCUCAUGGGCUUUCUGAGUACUGUGUUGUCAAAUGAAUCAGGCAUUUUAACAGUGAGAACAAAGAUGUUUCCAAGAGUGCAAUACAAGAAGUCUUUUUUAACUGAAUUAUUUACCAGCAGGGAGGCUGGAAAACGAAGAACAGGGAAAGAUAUAUUUUUGAAUAAACUGGGUUUUUUUAGUUAA